CAUCAUCAGUGGAGUGGUGUACUGUAGUGUAGAAACCUGAGCAUUCAGCAGUUAUGGCUCAGACUUCAGGAGUAUAGGAGACAGCAGCAGCUUUAGGAACGACUAAGGCGAAGCUUUACGGUUGGCCCGCGUGGUGUCCGUCCAUCCAGCGUCAGCCGAUGCAUGUCCAUAAUAGCUCGCCAAGGGAGUGUAAUGCGCGCUGCGACCUGGCUCUAUGUGUGAAAGCAGCACGAAAUUAUCUGAUAUUAGUGUAAUGACCUGUUAGAAGUCGAGUGUCCGCUUGUUGGUCACUCCCCGUCGACGGAACGACAAUAUUGAACGCCUUGCGAAGCCAAAUCCAAGUUCAUCCUUCGCGAUUGCUGAUCUUUUGCACUAGUGACUGGCACUUACUGAAUUCAACCAUUCUACUGAUCCCACUUUCUCCUUUAUACUUAGCUGGUAGAAACGUCCGUUAGCUGGCUUUCGCGUGAUAUCUCGCGUCCACUUAGCAGCUGCAUCGUAAGCACGACCUUUCUGGUAGCAAAACGCAUUGACCUUCGGGAGUCUGGUUGAGUGACAGCUGGCAUCUGGUUGACAGCGUGGCAUUUGCAAGUAGCUGGCAAGAUGAGGGGAGGCAAGUUCCAGCAGAAGGUGGUGGAGGACGGCAGCGCGCGGAACUCGGAGGCGCUUUUCGAGACGCGCUCUAUCGCGGAUAUCGUGGCAAUCGAGGCGCGCACGAGGAAGGAGGUGGAGGAGAAGAAGGAGGAGCUGCGGCAGUUGGUCGGUGCGAGCUACCGCCAUCUCAUCGAAUCCGCUGACUCGAUUUUAGACAUGCGACGGUCAUGCGAGGCUGUGGUGCGAAACGUGGCAGCCAUGGAGUCGGAUUUCUCUCUCCUGCACAAAACCAUCUCCACCACAACCACCACCACUCCUGGUGCCGAUGCCAAACGCAAGCGCAAGGAAGCCCUGUAUGCUCUGGGCAGCCGGGUCAAGUACCUGGUGGACACUCCAGAGAAGAUAUGGGGCUGUCUGGACGAGAGAAUGUUCCUGGAAGCUGCCCAGCGGUUCAUGCGCGCAUGGGAGGUGCACCAGCUGCUGUCGCCCUCCACGAGUGCUGGAGGAGAAGGAGCAGCAGCAGGGGGCGGGUGGCAGGCGCAGCAGCAGGGGCUCAUGGCGUCGUUCCCUCUGCUGAGGCACCAGUGGCCGCUUGUGGAGACGUUUCGCACCCAGAUCGUUGACAGGAGCAGGGAGUGCCUGCACGAUGCAUCGCGCAUUCCAGCAGCGGGCGUCGAAGAGUACGCAGCGGCGCUGGCAGCACUGGCAGUGAUGGAGCAGCUCUCUUCUCACGACCUGCUCAAGCUAUUUUUGGAUGCUCGUAGAGCGUGCUUGCGCUCCCAGCUUGUGUCUGCCACUUCAACUGUGGGCGCUGGGGGGGGCUUUGCGGACGGACUGGCAUCAUUGCUCAGUCAACUGGUGGCCAUGAUUCAGCUAACCCUGUGUCAAACGGGGCAGCUCUUCCUUGAAGUUUCCUCGUCCGAUCGAGCGAUUCUCUUCGCGACGCUGCUGCAGGGCGCACCGCAGGCGCAGCUGUUUGGGGGCAUCCCCCAGCCGGACAGGGAGGUGGCGCUGUGGCACCGCCACAGGGAGGGGAUGGAAGCCAGACUGCCGUCGCUGAGCAGCAAGGAGGUGGCAGAGGCGUGCCAGGGAUGGCUCAGGGCGUGCGCUGCUGACAUUGCUGCCGAAUCCAGGAACCUUCUCAGCAGGGUCACCCAGAUCCGCCACCUGGCGCAAGCAGAGGCUGCCACGCGUGCAGCGAUCGCCAGCAAGGACAUCUUCGCCGCCAGCCUGGACUGGCUGACGUCAGCCUUUGGCUCCACCCCUGACUCGCCCUGGCGUGCCCUCUGCGAGCUGCUCCUAAAAGAGCCAAAGGACCUAUGGGGCGAGUUAUUCGAGGCCGCGUUCGCACUUAGGGCGCGGGAGAUUAUAGAUGCAGCGUUUGCGGAGCUGACUUUGAGGGAGGAGAUAGAUGGGGUGUUGAGGGAGGUUGGGGAUGUGGUGGCGGUGGCAGCGGUUGUUGCAGCCGAGAACGCCGUUUCUUCUGCUGGUGCUGCUGGUGGUGGUGCUACUGGUGGCACUGCUGCUGCUGCUUCUGCUGCCGCUGCUGCUGCUGCUCGUGGUGUUGGUGCAACCAGCGCACUUUCUGCUGCUGCUUUCGGCAGUGAGAAAGCAACCGGAUUCACAGGCGGAGACAGGGGGUUGGGGGCGGGUUGGGCUAGGCUCCCCUCUCUCACUGACGUGUUAGGCCAAGCAGGGUUCGAGGAGACAGGCGGUUUUGCUGUAGGGGAGGCAGUCUGGGGCAGUUUGGGAGACGAGUUAGGCGUAGCAGGGCUAGGGAGAGGCGGGGGAGGAGGGGCAGGAGGAGGGGGGAAGGAGGAGGGACGGAGGGGGAAUGGGGAGGUGGUUUUGCGUGGCACGCAGGCGUAUGAGCCCCAGGUAGUGGUGGUAUGGCAGUUGUUGGAUUCCAGAAUCCAGGAGAUUCUUUUGGACGCUCUCACUCUCCUCCUCCCCCACUCCUCACUCGCUCCUUCCGCCCAUUCCUCCUCCCCCUCCUCCACCUCCCCCUCCUUCUCUUCUGCUUACACUCCCAGCGCCACUGCUCCUGCUGCUUCAGCAGCCUCCCGAACCAAGGAGCUGGCUCCGUACCUGCAGGAUCGGUGCCACGAGUGUAUGAUGCGGCUGGUGGGGCUGCUAGCAAGCAGGCUUGGAGACCUUCAGAAGCAGCAGCAGGCUGAAGAGGCAAGCAGAGGAACAGGAGAGAAUGGAGAAGUCGAGAAAGACUGUAAAUCUGAGGCAGCGGCAGCUGCGCCAGGGGGAGUAGCAACUUCAGAUGAGGGAUUAGGAUCCAACGGUCCAGAUGCAGUGAAUGCUCUAGGGGGGCUACCCGCACAAGUGGCAGUGGAGCAGGCUCUCCUGAUUGGACGGCUGGCGGCGGCAGUAGCGCAGAGCUCCUCCUCUCUAGCUGUAGCCCUGGGCCCAUCUUCCACCUGGUCGGCUGUAGCAGCAGCUGCUGCCGCUACAGGUAGUGAUGGCGCUACUGCUGCUGGUGCUGAAUAUUCUCCUGAGACAGCUGCUGCGGAAUCAGCUUAUGGGGUGGCACCAGGGGCUACAGGAGCUGCAGCUUCGGAAGCUAGUAGCAGGGCAGCUUAUAACGGGGAUGCUGGAAGGGAUGUGGCAAGGGCUGGGGAGCCGAAGUUACAGUGGCCGGCGCAAGAGGUUGUAGCGAAUAUAAUCGCUGCAACAGUGGCAGGGGGUGGCAGCAGUGGCAGUGGCAGUAGCGGUGGUGGUGGGGGGGGUGGGCUGAGCUGGAUGGGGGGAGGGGGAGGGGGGGACUGGGCAGGAGGGGAGGGAGGAGAGCAACGGAUCUUGCUGCCGUUACGGCAAGAUCGGCUGAAUUCGCUCGGCUCCACGAGAUUCAGGGAGCUGCGUCGCCUGAGCAUCUUGGCCCACUCGCACUGGGUGGACCACAGCACUCAUCUGCUCGCCUCUGCGUUUCGGCACAAUCUGCUGCAUGACCCGGCUCUUGCCACCACCACGCCCCUCAAGGGCUGGGAGGAGACGGUAGUGCAGCAGGAGGAGGAGGAGGGGGAGGCGAAGGUCGAGAUGCGCAUGACGCUACCCGCCUGCCCCUCGCCCUACGUGGCGGCUUUGCUCUUUGCUGCCUCAGCUGACGUGCACCGCGCGGGCUGCCACUCCCUCGACCGCCUAGUACUGAGGCUCUUUGCCUGGCAGCUGUCAGACCAGGCCUUCCAAGCCUACGAGACCCUCACCACCACUCAGCGUGUAUCUGAGAAGGGCGUGCUCCAGCUGCUGUUUGAUGUGCGCCUGCUGGCAGACGUGCUCUCCGGUGGAGCAGACCUGCCGCUAGAAGCGCUCCGGCUCAGCAGCGCUUCACCACCAGCAGCAGCAGCGGGGGGAGCAAGAGGGGGGGCAACAGCAGGAGGGGCAGGGGCGGGGAGUAUUGCUGCGUCAGUGGCAGCGAGGAAGAAGCGAGUCGGGGCUCUGCUGGAGAAGCUGCAGGAUGAGCUGGACCCCAUCGACAGAGCAGCCUAUCUGCCCUUCCUGUGGCAGAACCAGCAGCGCUUCUACCUGCGCUCGGCAGUGCUCUUCGGUCAUCUGGCCCAGCUUCACCGGCUCUACACUGACUCUGCGCCCCGCCACCCCUAUGCUACGGACGCCAAUACGCUUGACACGGCACCGACCGUUCCGCGCUUCACAUUCCUCCCUAUAAGCUCUCCUCUUCUGACCAAUGGGGGGUUGGCACCUGGCGGUAAGCCCCGCCGUCCGUCCACCUUUGGAGACGUCUCACUAUCCGUUUCUGGCUCUGGCAGCAACAGUAGUGCACCGGCUUCCCGAGUGCCUAGUGGAGGGGCAGGAGCAGGGGCGGUUGCAGCAGCAGCAGGUGUCAGUGGUAGUGGGUUUGGCAUGGGGGGAGGAGCGUGGGGAGAGGAUGGGGCUCUUGGAGGGGCGUUCUCGUUUGCAGAUUCAACAGGGCUUUCAGCUACGCCCAUCUUCAAGUCACUUAUGGGUCAGGUCAAGCUGGGGUCAAUUCUCGGCGAUGGCAGUCAAGUGACUCGCAACAUUUCCAAUUUACAGGAAAUGUUCAACCAGCCAUCACAAGCAGGUGGACUCUUCUCUUCCUUGACCAGUGCAGCUGCUGGCAGUUCGUCUCGUCUCCAAGAGUUGUUUUAAAAGUAGAAUUGCUACCUUUGAUGAAUGUGUGCUAGUUGACUUGUUAGUGCUUUGAUCUUCAUGUAGGCACGAAUCAGUGUUCCUUUUUUACUCAUUUAUACAUGCGAGUU